AUGUUCGUCACGUUGCCUAACCCAAUCACAUCUUCCUCUUCUUCAUGUCGUGUACCGUUCAGUGAUCUGAGGCUACUCAAAGUUCAGGGGAAAUUGGUUUAUAAUACGGUUCGGGGCAUGAUCUGCUUGGGAAGUAGAGUGAACGUAGGGAUAUGUAACCCCAGCACGACACAGCUCCAUAUUUUCCCCCAAUUCAAAUUCAAACAAGUUCCAAAGUUUUAUCCACGCCCCGAGUUCUUUUUUGGGUAUGAUCCUGUUGAAGAUCAAUACAAAGUGCUUGCCGUUGAUACUACUUGUUAUUGGAGGUCGGAGCACAAGGUUGUGACUUCGGGGAUGUAUAUGAACGGAACCUUGUACUACGGGGCAUCCAGGAAGGAUACUGAUUCCCCGAAGAACAGUUCUAUCAUCAUGAGUUUCGAUGUUAGGCUUGAAACGUUCAACAUCAUCAAAGUACCAAGCAUACUUGUACCAACGGGUAAUGAGUAUAUGUGGAAAGUUGAUAUGUGGGCUCGUACGGAUAAAACUCUGAUUAACUACAGAGGGAAAAUUGGUGUGGUUGAGAAUCCUCGUCAAGGUAGUUUUCGAAUUUGGGUUGUGGAAGAUGCUGAGAAAGAGGAAUGGUCCGUGAACACUUUUCAUUUGCCCGAAUCUGCUGCUGGUCUCGACUUCAAGGUCAUGGAAACCUUUUAUACCAGUGAGAUUGUUAUGGUUCCUACAGAAUUGUCUGAUCCAGUUUGUCUUUUCUAUUACAAUUUGGACAGGAAAAACAUGAGAAGUGUCACAAUUGAAGGACUACCUGUUCCCGAGCCUAAGCGAGCCAAAGAACUUUCUGUGACUGUUUCGGAUCAUUGUGAGAGCUUCAUGUUCUUUGAAACCUCAAGUUUUAAUUUAAGGCUCUAUAUUUAUAGAAAUUAA